ACUUGUGCACAACUUACAUAAAAAUUUAAGUAAUAUUUAAUUUAUUUAACAUAAAAGCAAAAAAUGUCCAGUCGCGAAGGUGGCAAAAAGAAACCGCUAAAAGCGCCCAAGAAAGUGCCAAGGGAAAUGGACGAACAGGAGUUGGCUUACAGGCAGAAGCUAAAAGAGCAAGAAAAGGCUUUGGAUGCGGCUAAGCAAAAGGCAGGACUGAAGAAUGCCAAAAUGGGUGGAAAAUAAGCCAAGGCCAUAUCGGACAUAAAGCAAACAGACAGUGCAUAUUGUAACUCUCUUUUCUUUUGGCAAUAAAUUGGGAUAAGUUCCUAUUAUGCAGUAGAAUGAUGAUUAAUUGUCAGUGGUCAGUCUGCGGUCAGCCCAUGGGGUUCGCUUAAAAAGCCAUCAAAUAAAUGUGACAUCUCUCAUAUCCCACCCGAAGGGCUGGGAAAAAAAACGACCUCAAACGGUAAACGGGAUGUGUAACAAAUGCGGUAAAUUGGUUUUUUAUGCGAUUUUUAUGUUAAUCAAAAACUGAUGCGUUUCUGUCAGUUUGUGACAUGUGCCGAUGUAUAUUAUAUUAAUCAAGGCUAAUCUGAUCUGAGCCCACAAUUAUUGGCCUUAUAUUAAAUCAAGUUGAAGCCGCUUUGUUUUUUAAUAUA